AUAAAAAUGUUUAUUUACAUUUCGAAAAAGCUGUGAAUUGUUAUCUUUUCAAGAUAAACUAAACAUAAUGUUUCCCCUUUAAAUCAGUUGAAAUCAUGUCGUGCCCCGAGAAGAUCGAGAACCCCAACGAGAGUCUCGUUACACCGAAAUGGUUAAAUAAGUCUAAAUUUGAGUCCUUGCUGGCUAAGGAUGAACCUAAUUAUACCAAGAUUUUUAAGUUUACCUCAGUGGCUGCUGUGCCGCCAGGAGGAAAUUUUACAUCAGUCAUGUUUCGUGUUUACUUGGAUUUAGAAAUGAAAGAUGGAACUCAAAAAAGAAAGUCGUAUGUGGUCAAGACCACCCUGAAUUCAGAUAGGGGUGGCAAGGCAGUGGAUGAGAUGCGCUACUUUCAGAAGGAGCAGCUGAUGUACUCCACUUACUUACCCGAGUUUGAGAAAAUCUAUCGCGAGGCUGGACAUCCAGUGCAGCUGAUGCCAAAAUGCUUGGAAAUCGGAGAGAUAGAGGGAAACCUCUAUUUCAUAUUUGAAGAUCUUUCUGCCCAAAACUAUGUGGGUGCAGAUCGAAACAAAGGGGUGAAUAUGGAGCAUAUGCGAGUAUCUCUUCGAAAGUUGGCCGAGCUGCAUGCCGCAAGUGUUAUCUACAAAGAUCGAAAUGGAUCCUACCACCCCGACUUUGAGCAUGGAUUCACCAAGAAGGAUAAUCUCAAACAUAGCGUGAGUGGCUUCGAAACAAAGGCUCCCGAUUACAAGGCAGCCAUGCGAACUUGGGGCAUGGAUGGGCGUUACCUUAAGAAUUUCCCCACCACUGAGCAGUAUGGCAAACUCUGUUUGGAAGCCCUCAAUGUGGAUCCCCAGGAUUUCAAUGUCCUCACCCAUGGCGACUUUUCUGCCAGCAACAUUCUGUACAAGUAUGAUGAUUAUGGCUCUUUAUGUGGUGCACUCCUACUGGACUUUCAGAUCUGCAAAUGGGCAAGUCCAGCACAGGAUCUUCUAAUGAUGAUAACCCUUUCGGCGGAGAAGGAUUUGCGCGUCAGGGAAUUUGAUAAUUUUAUAAGAAUCUAUUGGGAAUAUCUCAUCGACUGCUUGAGAGUGCUGAAUUACGAAAAGCCGAUGCCUCAACUGAGGGAGCUGCAGUCGGCCAUCUUUAAGAAAAAUAACACAUUCUCUGUUUUCUUUCCCGUGAUAAAUCACUUGCCCACCCAUUUGCUGCCCAGCUGCAAGGAAAGCAACCUGCACACCCUCAUUUCAAAGGACGAAGAGGGCAGGCAGUUCCGAAACCGAUCCUACACAAAUCCUGCCUUCGUGGAGGUCAUCAGAGAGUUUUAUCCCUUCUGCUGCAACCGCGGUCUCUUCAAUUUCGAAGACUUUGACUGA